GCUCUACGCGCGUUUAUUGACUGAGUUCUGAGUUUGACGGAUACGAACCUUGGAAUCGCGAAAACUCCAGAGCGAGCAUUGAACAGUGUGGUGUCUCCAUCGAGAUAUCCGGGACCUCUCGAGGCCGUUGCUUGGUCCUUUAGCCGUAUUCUCCUUUCUGUAACGCUUGUUAUUAUUACUUAUUUGAGCUAUGCCCCACACGGAAUCCGUCCCAGAGUUGUCCGAUUUCGAAAAGCAGCGCGCAGCCAAUAUCGCGGAGCGUGAUGCGCUUUUGAAAAAGCUUACUCAGGAAGCUCAAUCCUCCGGACUAUUUACCAAAGGUUCUUCUACUAAAUCCUCCAGGCCGGUGUCACAGUCUACUAAAAAGACUCCGGCAAAACGUGUCAAGAAAGAGAAUGAAGCGCCAGUACCGCGAAGAACGUCCUCACGGCUUGCUGGAUUGGCAGCCGAUAGCGAGAUAGCAAAGCGCAAAGCUGAUGAGCAAUAUGAAGCUCAAAAGGCUGCUGCGCAAGCGAAAAGAAUUCGGGUUUCCGGUGAUCUUAAGAUGGGGGACAUACUUGUUGGAGGCCAGAAAUGGGAUGGGUCGUUGUUUCUCGGAGAGGAGGCUGCUCCACCGCGCUUUGCGCGAACUUUUGGCGGAGAUGAUAUUGAGAAAACGACAAACAAAGAGCUGAAGUCCUUAAGGGAAAAGAUGAGCGGCUUGAAUCUUUGGGAGCCAUGGGAGCCAAAUCGGAUAAAAAUAACACCGGAAAGAGUAUAUUCAAUGGUCUUUCACCCCACUGAGGCUAAGCCCCUAAUAUUUGCCGGCGACAAGCUCGGCAACUUGGGUAUCUUUGACGCUUCACAAACACUCCCUGUUGCCGUGAAAGUUGAAGACGACGAAGACGAGGACGACGAUGACCCUGACCCUAUAAUAACAACCAUAAAGCCACAUGCCAGAACAAUUAGCUCGAUGCAUCUUCACCCUUCAACACCAUCCAAACUCUACACAGCCAGCUAUGAUGGCUCCGUUCGAGCCUUGGAUCUUGAGAAGUCCAUCUCAACGGAAGCCUACGCACCCGCCUCAAAGUCAGACGAAGAGGCAGUCUCCAGCGUGGACAUGGCACCAGACGACCCGCACGUCCUAUACUUUACCACACUUGAGGGAUUCUUCUUCCGACACGACACGCGAAUGUCAGGAAACGGGCACCCAAGUUAUGAUAAGGAUACUAAAAGGAGUAGCACAGAUAUCUACCAGCUGUCAGAGAAGAAAAUCGGUGGAUUUUCCCUCUGCCCUUCACAGCCGCAUCUCUUUGCAACUGCCAGUUUAGACCGCUUCAUGCGUCUCUGGGACCUUCGGCAACUGUCCAGGAAGCACCCGACGCCGGUCGGCGAACAUGAGAGCAACUUGUCCGUUUCGCAUGCCGCGUUCAACAGUGCGGGUCAGGUCGCUACCACUUCGUAUGAUAAUACGGUCAAAAUUUACGAUUUUGGAGCUAAGGGUUUCCAUUCAUGGAAACCGGGUCACAAGCUGAGCGAUGAUGACAUGAGCCCAACCACCACCAUCAGACAUAAUUGUCAGACGGGACGAUGGGUCACAAUCCUCAAACCACAAUGGCAAGCCUCCCCACAAUCAAAUGGCAUACAGCGCUUUUGCAUCGGAAAUAUGAACCGUUUCGUAGACGUCUACUCCGCCGCGGGUGACCAAUUAGCUCAGCUUGGCGGUGAAGGGCUAAUAACUGCCGUCCCCGCCGUUGCCGUAUUACAUCCUACCAUGGACUGGGUUGUGGGAGGUACUGCGAGUGGGAAGGUUUGCCUAUGGAUGUAAGGUGAUGAUGAAGGGGAGGGGAGAGAUCGCCUAGGUGGCUUAGGGGGUGGGAGCGGAAAGCUGAGAAGGCAAGGAAAAUGCUAUUCCUCGCUUUUAUUUGCGUUUUUCCUUCAGGUUACUUCUAGACUCUAGGUGAUAAGUAUUUUGUAACCUGAUAUGUGGAGGAGGCAAGGAGGGAAUAAUAAACUAGGGCAAUUUAAGGCGUGAUAUAAGACCUUAACAAAAUAUACGUGUAUAUUGGAUGUAUGGCAAAGCUAAAUUUUCAUGUUCAUAUCCUUCAACCAAGCUACCGCUGCCGUGAAUACGACAACUCACGACUCUUGGAAUCAUUUUGUCCUAUAAACCCGCGAAAGCACAGGCCCAAUAACCUGAGGGUACAUGGCACGUAUCAUCCGCGGCAGAGGUCCAGUCCAUUUAUAACAGUCUUGAGGGAAACUCAUUCUUGCCACUCCGAGUUUCGUCGUUGAGUCUCCGCUUCUUCAGAGGAACAGGCACAGACCCUGACCCAAAUGUAUUAGAAGAGAGGGCUACUGAUCUUCUUCUGUGGUCCAAAUUAAUAGAUAUAUUAUCACCACCUGAGGUGUUAUUUGGGGGAGCGCUUUCGUCAGUGCUAGUUGGUACGGAU